AUGGAAGGAUAUCCCAUGAUUGUGGACAGAAAACAUUAUGGGAGACAGCUGACUCGGCUUCCCACCAUAUCUUCUCACAAGACUUUCAGAAUCAAGCGAUUCCUGGCCAAGGAACAAAAGCAAAAUCAUCCUAUUCCUCAGUGGAUUUGGAUGAAAACUGGUAACAAAAUCAGGUACAACUCCAAGAGAAUACACUGGAAGAGAACAAAGCUGGGUCUGUAA